GCCGCUUUCUCUUGAUGGUGGAACGUUAAUCACCGCUCAACGCAAAAUAUUUUGCAAAAAAUAACUGCAAUUCCGCACUAAACUACACAAAUUAACGUAGCAGUCGUGACCUUUAAGGUUCCUGUGUUGAAGUAUAUUGCAGCAGACGAAAAGAGUGAUAAGCAUCAAAACAUGGCGGCUCAAGUUGCGGGUGUUUUUGAACCGGAGCUACAGGGUAAGAUUGCCAAAUCAAAGCUCCUGGUUGUCGGUGCUGGCGGAAUCGGUUGUGAAAUUCUGAAAAAUUUGGUCCUAUCCGGAUUUCAGGACAUCGAAAUCAUUGAUUUAGACACGAUCGAUGUUAGUAACUUGAACCGUCAAUUCCUGUUCCAUAAGGAGCACGUAGGUAAAUCUAAAGCCAAUGUAGCGCGGGAGAGUGCGCUUAGCUUCAAUCCCAACGUGAAGAUCAAGGCGUACCAUGACAGUAUUACGACUUCCAACUACGGAGUCAACUUUUUCCAGCAGUUCAAGCUGGUAUUGAACGCGCUUGAUAACCGAGCCGCACGGAACCACGUUAAUCGCCUCUGUCUGACUGCCGAUGUUCCGUUGAUCGAAUCGGGCACCGCGGGUUACAAUGGUCAAGUAGAAUUGAUCAAACGUGGGUUAACUCAGUGUUACGAGUGUACUCCGAAGGCAGCGCAAAAAACAUUCCCUGGGUGUACAAUCAGGAACACGCCUUCGGAACCGAUCCAUUGCAUCGUCUGGGCGAAGCACCUUUUCAAUCAAUUGUUCGGCGAGAGCAACGAGGAUGAGGAUGUGUCACCGGACACAGCUGAUCCAGAAGCAGGAGCCAAGGCGGGUGAGAGUGCCCUAGCAGCUGAAGCCAAUGAGAAGGGCAAUGUUGAUCGGAUAAACACUCGAACCUGGGCUCAGCAGAGCGGAUAUGAUGCGGAAAAGAUAUUCAACAAGUUGUUCUACGAUGAUAUCAACUACCUGUUGAGUAUGUCGAACUUGUGGAAGAAUCGUACCCCUCCGAAUCCUGCCAAGUGGGAUGCUCUCGAGGAGGAGGGUGAAGCUGCACCAACGGAUACGGUUUUGCGUGAUCAAAAGGUGCUUAGUUUGACCGAGUCUGCGAAAGUGUUUGCCGAAAGUAUUUCCGCCUUGAAGGGCGAAUUCGAGAAACUGGCCGAUGGCGACCAUCUCGUGUGGGAUAAGGACGACAAGCAUGCGAUGGAUUUUGUGGCGGCUUGCGCCAAUAUUCGAUCGCAAAUUUUCAACAUCCCUAGAAAGAGUCGGUUCGAGAUUAAGUCUAUGGCAGGAAAUAUCAUUCCGGCGAUUGCAACGACUAACGCUAUCACCGCCGGAGUCGUUGUCAUGCACGCCUUCCGCGUGCUGCAAGGCGAACUGGAUAAGUGCAAGUCAGUGUAUAUGCGACUGAGACCGAAUGCUCGCAAUCAGCUGUUCGUUCCGGAUCGAGCUUUGAAUCCACCGAAUCCAAAGUGUUACGUUUGUGCAGCUAAACCGGAAGUUACACUCAAAGUGGACACUAAAAAUGUAACCGUCAAGGAGUUACGGGAUGACAUUCUGAUUAAGGCGUUGAACAUGAUCAAUCCAGAUGUGAUUCUUGAUGGCAAGGGAACAAUUGUGAUUUCAUCCGAGGAAGGUGAAACCGACUGCAAUAAUGAUAAGAAACUGGAUCAACUGCAAAUCGUCGAUGGAUGCAUCUUGAAAGUGGAUGAUUUCGUACAGAAUUACGAACUCACGGUUACCGUCAUCCACAAGGAUCCUGGUCGGGACGAGUCUAGCUUCGACAUUGUUGCCGAUAUGGAUACGCUAAAACCGAAAGAAGAUGAAGAAAAGAAAACAGACGAUGCUCAGCCAUCAACUUCCGGCCAGAAUGGUAAUUCGAAAGCUUCUGCACCGUCAACGGCUGCUGACGAUGAUGACGAUAUGUGCAUUAUCGAGGAGGAAUCCGAUAAGCCUAGUACCUCAGCUGCCGUUGCAGGUCCCAGCAGUUCCGGUUCUGAAAAACGUAAGAUAGCUGAAAGUGAGGGACCUUCGUCGAAGAAGGCACGCGUUUCGAAUACCGAUGAUGAUGAUGAUGAUGACGACGAUUUGAUCGUUAUCAACUGAACGAACACCGUUUGCGUUGAAGUGUCGGGUACGAAGUUUUUAUCCGUAGAUUUGCGUAAUAGUUGCCCCUUGUAAGCGGCUAUUUUGCAAUGAACUCCUAUAAUAAAUGUAUCUCUUAAAAUUAA